UUGACUUGUCUAACCAAGUUGGUCUCAAAAGUCUUGAGUUCACACAGAGAAUUAAUGGGCUAUUGGUUCUAAAGAACCUAAUAUUUCAAGCCAAGAGAAUCCGAUUUCUGAAAUUCAUAGUCUCAUUUCUCGAUUUGCAGUGUAAAUUCAUAUUGGUAGACAAGGAAAUGAAGCAGCUCAUCGAGUUGCAAGGCACGCUUGCUUUGUGGAUGAUACUAUUCAAUGGUGGCAUCAAUGUCCAGAUUUUUUUUUCCAUUCUAGAGUCUUGCUUGAUUCCAAUUUGUAAUUGUAUGGGGCAUCUUAAGCACCAUCGAUUUCGCAUAAUCUUUGUGGGAAACAGGAUUCCAAAUUCAAUUAUGUCAGUUCAAAUCAUAUAAUGUGUUCAGAACAUGUCAGGUUAGGCUACUUUGUUGGAGAAUUUUUGAAGAUAGAGGGAGACAACCUACGUGUUAAACUUUUUUGCACUUCAAAAUCGGCAUUCUUCAAAGCUUUCAGAAUCCAUAUGAUACAAAAGCAUGAAGAUUAUAGAGUAAAACAUCAUCCAAGCAUGUUGCAUGAAGAUGAAUGUUUAGGUGGAAUCUUCAAUUUUUGUUUUGUGUCUCCGAAUGAAAUUAAUGGGAUGCUAGCUAUGUUUGAAUGUGAUUAGAGGAAUCGCCAUAUGUGUGGUUAGUCACGUUCUUUGGAAAAAAAUAACCACACUAAUAUUGGAAAAGAAAGAGAUUCUUGGAUUUCAACAUUGAACAACAUAAUAUAUUUUCUUUGAUGGGUGGGUACAUAAGAUUAUGAGGUUUCAUUUAUAUUUUUGGAGAAAUCAAACCAGGUAUCGAGUAUAGGAAUUGAGUACUCAUGAUACACAACAUUUUAAUAGGUUCAAAUAUCAUACCAAGCUACAGCAACUAAAAAACUUAUAAAUUCAUGACCUUUUGAAGGUCAAACUAAUUUAACAUUAACUAGACAGUUUUUUUUUUUAACUAAUGUGUACUUUUUAUUUGUAUAUUACUAAAAUAAUAAAUAUAUUUUGUUUAUUUAACAAUAUGAGGAUGUGACAUACAUGUAUAUAGGAUUACUAGUCUUUUAUUAUCUUUUUAAUAUUACUCAAUUUAUUUAAUUGUAUGAAGAGAUCGUGCAUGCAGAAAAAUGUUAUUCUACCAAUCACAAAUAAUGAAAGACAAUUAUGAGUUCAAAAGUCUUCCCAAUCUGAAACCGUAAUGGGUGUGAGAUAUUAAUGGGUGUGAAACUUAGAAAAUCUCAAAAGUCUUGAGUUCACACAGAGAAUUAAUGGAUGUGAGACUUAGAAAAUCUCAAAAGUCUUGAGUUCACACAGAGAAUUAAUGGGUGUGAGAUAUAGACGUUUGUUUUGUCGUAAGACUUGAAUCUCAAACUGUGUGAAGGAAUGCAAGUAGACUUAAAGGCAGUUGAUCAUUUUCAUAUAUUAUUGACUUGGCUAACCAAGUUGGUCUCAAAAGUCUUGAGUUCACACAGAGAAUUAAUGGGCUAUUGGUUCUAAAGAACCUAAUAUUUCAAGCCAAGAGAAUCCGAUUUCUGAAAUUCAUAGUCUCAUUUCUCGAUUUGCAGUGUAAAUUCAUAUUGGUAGACAAGGAAAUGAAGCAGCUCAUCGACUUGCAAGGCAUGCUUCCUUUGUGGAUGAUACUAUUCAAUGGUGGCAUCAAUGUCCAGAUUUUUUUUUUUUCAUUCUAGAGUCUUGCUUGAUUCUAAUUUGUAAUUGUAUGGUAUUAACUUUGUUAUUGGUUCUAUUGAUAUGAAUGCCAAUUGUUCAUUUUUUUUUUUUUUAAAAAUGGUAUUCUUCAAAAUUUGCUAGCUUAUCUUGUUAAACAUUUAUAAUUUUCGUAUUGCAGGGGCAUCUUAAGCACCAUCGAUUUCGCAUAAUCUUUGUGGGAAACAGGAUUCCAAAUUCAAUUAUGUCAGUUCAAAUCAUGUAAUGUGUUCAGAACAUGUCAGGUUAGGCUACUUUGUUGGAGAAUUUUUGAAGAUAGAGGGAGACAACCUACGUGUUAAACUUUUUUGCACUUCAAAAUCGGCAUUCUUCAAAGCUUUCAGAAUCCAUAUGAUACAAAAGCUUGAAGAUUAUAGAGUAAAACAUCAUCCAAGCAUGUUGCAUGAAGAUGAAUGUUUAGGUGGAAUCUUCAAUUUUUGUUUUGUGUCUCCGAAUGAAAUUAAUGGGAUGCUAGCUAUGUUUGAAUGUGAUUAGAGGAAUCGCCAUAUGUGUGGUUAGUCACGUUCUUUGGAAAAAAAUAACCACACUAAUAUUGGAAAAGAAAGAGAUUCUUGGAUUUCAACAUUGAACAACAUAAUAUAUUUUCUUUGAUGGGUGGGUACAUAAGAUUAUGAGGUUUCAUUUAUAUUUUUGGAGAAAUCAAACCAGGUAUCGAGUAUAGGAAUUGAGUACUCAUGAUACACAACAUUUUAAUAGGUUCAAAUAUCAUACCAAGCUACAGCAACUAAAAAACUUAUAAAUUCAUGACCUUUUGAAGGUCAAACUAAUUUAACAUUAACUAGACAGUUUUUUUUUUUUAAACUAAUGUGUACUUUUUAUUUGUAUAUUACUAAAAUAAUAAAUAUAUUUUGUUUAUUUAACAAUAUGAGGAUGUGACAUACAUGUAUAUAGGAUUACUAGUCUUUUAUUAUCUUUUUAAUAUUACUCAAUUUAUUUAAUUGUAUGAAGAGAUCGUGCAUGCAGAAAAAUGUUAUUCUACCAAUCACAAAUAAUGAAAGACAAUUAUGAGUUCAAAAGUCUUCCCAAUCUGAAACCGUAAUGGGUGUGAGAUAUUAAUGGGUGUGAAACGUAGAAAAUAUCAAAAGUCUUGAGUUCACACAGAGAAUUAAUGGAUGUGAGACUUAAAAAAUCUCAAAAGUCUUGAAUUCACACAGAGAAUUAAUGGGUGUGAGAUCUAGACAUUUGUUUUUGUCGUAAGACUUGAAUCUCAAACCGUGUGGAGGAAUGCAAGUAGACUUAAAGGCAAUUGGUCAUUUUCAUAUAUUAUUGACUAGUCUAACCAAGUUGGUCCACGAGGAGUACUUGUUCAAUGGAAAAAUGCGAAAAUUGAGGGGGAUGGUGACUUCAAUUUCCAGUCCCUCGUACGUGACAAGAAGCUCGGUCGAAAGAAGUUGCCUACAAAUUUGUCAUCAUUCUUUUAAUUUUCCUCUUCUUUUUUCAAUAUUGAUGACGCAAUGCACGCGGCAUUGUUUUGCCCAUCAAUCCCAGGAUAUAAUUUGGCAGCAAAAGGCAUACUUUCUUGUAGUCCCUACUGUUCAUCAGCCUAAUUUCAUACACUGCAACUUCUUCCAUGGCCUUGCAACCAGCUUUUUCAUGGGUUUAUGAUGUGUUCUUGAGUUUUAGAGGUGAAGAUGUUCGACAAAACUUUAUUUCUCACCUAUAUGAUGCUUUGCGUAAAAAGGGAAUCAAUACUUAUAUUGAUGAGCACCUUGAAAGAGGAAAGGAAAUUUCACCGGCACUUCUCAAAGCUAUUGAGGAGUCAAGGAUUUCGAUUAUCAUUCUUUCUGAAAACUAUGCAUCAUCCACGUGGUGUUUGGAGGAGCUGAUGAAGAUUCUCGAGUGCAGAGAAAUGAAACAACAAAUAGUUCUACCGGUGUUUUACAAAGUGCGUCCCUCGAUAGUGCGUAGACAAAAGAAAAAUUAUGGAGAGGCAUUGGCCAACUACAAAGACAAGUUGAAUGAUGAUACGAAGGUGGAUAGCUGGAAGGCUGCGCUAAAGGAAGUGGCCAAUUUGUCUGGGUUCCAUUUAAAGAAGGAUGGGAAUGAAUCUGAAUUUAUCCAUGGCAUCAUUCAACUAGUGGACUCAAAAAUAAUAAAUCAAACAUACUUUGAGGUUGCCAAUCAUCCAAUUGGAGUGGUGUCUCGUGUGCAGCAUGUAUAUUCCCUUUUAAGCAUCGAAGAGAAUGAUAUUGUACAUAUGGUAGGAAUUUUUGGAGUUGGGGGAAUUGGAAAGACAACUAUUGCCAAAGCGAUAUAUAAUAUAAUUUCUUCUAAAUUUGAAGGUAGUUGUUUCUUGAAAAACAUUAGAGAAACAUCAAAGAGCGAGUAUGGUCUAGUCCAAUUGCAAGAGACUCUUCUUUCUAAUAUCCUAGGAGCAUCUUCGGUUUGUAAUAUUGGCCACGUCGACAGAGGAAUCAAUGUGAUAAAGAAUAAAGUUCGUUAUAAAAGAGUUCUUCUAAUUCUUGAUGAUGUGGAUGAUUGGGAACAAUUGAAAGCUUUGGCCGGAAAUUGUGAUUGGUUUGGUUUAGGAAGUAGAAUCAUUAUAACAACAAGGGAUCAAAAUCUACUGAGAAAUUAUGAAGUUUAUGCAACAUAUAAAGUGGAGGAAUUGAACCAUUAUGAAGCUCUAGAGCUAUUUAGUUUGUGUGCCUUUAAAAGAAAGCAACCGCUUGAUAACUACGUGGAACUUACACAACGUAUAAUACGUUAUGCUGGGGGCCUUCCUCUAGCUUUGGAAGUGCUUGGUUUGGAUCUAUGUGGUAGAAGUAUACAUGAAUGGGAAAGUGCUUUGGAAGAGUACAAAAGAAUUCCUCACAAGAAGAUUCAAAAAAUACUUAGAAUGAGCUAUGAUGGUUUGAGUGAAAGUGAGAAGAAUAUUUUUCUUGACAUUGCAUGUUUCUUUAAGGGAGAGAAUGUAGAUUAUGUUAAGAAAAUCUUACAUAGUUGUUCUUUAAAUCCAGAUAUUGGAAUAAAAAAACUGAUGGAGAAGUCUCUCAUUACCAUUGAUGAUUGUGAUAAAUUUGAAAUGCAUGACUUGCUACAAGAUAUGGGUAGAGAAAUUGUUCGAGAAGAAUCACCAAAAGAGCCCGGUGGACGCAGUAGAUUGUGGUAUCAUGAAGAUAUUUGCCAUGUACUUGAAGAAAAUACGGGAACAAACCAAAUUGAAGGCAUACUGAUAGAUUUACCUAAAAAAGACAUGAUAUGCUUGAGUUUAGAGGCAUUCAUGAAGAUGAAAAACCUGAAAUAUUUCAUAAAUCGUAAUGCACGCUUCUCUGGAAGUCCUAGUUAUCUUUCUAACGAGUUAAGAGUGCUUAAUUGGGUGGAAUAUCCUUCACAAUCAUUGCCAUAUAAUUUCCAUGGAAGGAAGCUUGUUGAUCUUAGAAUAAGUGAUAGCCUCUUGAAGGAAUUGGGAGUGGGAUUCCAGAAUUUCCAGAACUUGGCCAGGAUGGACUUCUCUCGUUGUGAAUUUCUGACAAAAAUCCCCGAUCUUUCUCGGGUUCCAAAUUUAGAGUGGCUGGAUGUUACUGAUUGUACAAACUUAGUUGAGGUUCAUUCUUCUGUUGGAUCCCUUGAUAGGCUUGAGCAUCUCUCAUUUGCCCGUUGCACUAAGCUUACCAGUUUGCCAACAAAGCUCAAGUUUAGGUAUCUUAAAUGCCUCCGGGUUGACGGUUGCUUAAGCCUUCAAAAUUUCCCUGAAAUCGAGUUUGAAAGGGAAUGUUUAAGGAAUCUUAGUUUAGCAAACACCGAUAUAAAAGAAUUGCCUUUAUACAUUGAGCACCUCUCUGGGAUUGAAAUAUUACAUCUAAGAGGCUGCAAAAAUCUUCUGCAUCUCCCCACUGGAAUUCUUCGAUUACGACGUCUAAAGUCUCUUCGUCUAGCUGGCUGUUCAAAAGUUGUUUUUAUUUCAAAUAUCUUGAAGGAUGAUUGUUGCUCAAUAGACCUUCCGGCGCUAGAAUGUUUGGAUCUUGCAAAUUGUCACCUGCCAGACCCUGAUAUCCUGAUGAGAUUCAAUCGCUAUUUUACUUUGCAUCAUUUAAUUCUAUCAGGGAGUGAUAUUAUUAGGCUUCCAGAAUGCAUUACCAUGUUUUUUGAGUUGAAGUUCCUUGACUUGAAUGAUUGCAAGAAACUUCAAGAAAUUCCUGCACUGCCCCCAAAUAUAGAAACCGUAGAUAUAACUGGAUGCAUGUCAUUGGAAAUAUUUCCAGAUGGAUUGAAAGUACCGAACCUCUUGACAAGUCAAACGCGAGACCAACGAUGGAUUGACUCAUCCUUAUGCCUCAAAAUUCGUAUGAAUAUAGAGGGGUUUUGGGAAUACUUCGGAAGCCAUUCAGACAACAUUAUAUUUCCAGGAAAUAGGAUUCCAGAAUGGUUUAGCCAUAUGAAGCAAAAUUCAAAAAAUUGGAUUCCAGACCGAUUUGACGAUCUUGACCCGCCUCCAGCAAAUAUGAAUCAAGAUUGCAGCUAUUUUAAGAGGACUCUAGAAUCUGGUUUAUGUCGAAUAACAAUAAAUGGGCUUAAAACUUUGGAAAAUAUAAAAGGAGUUGCUAUAUGUGUCAUUCUCGAACCCAUUCUGAAGAUCUAUCCCCAAAAAGGUACCUCUCUUAUGGUCUUGACCAGAAGGGAUGUUUUCCCUUAUAUUAAGUAUUUGUCGAGAAAACAUGUUGAUUUAAGGGGUUCAGAUGCUCAUGUAUGGCUAAAUUACACCAUUUUCGAUGAUCAUAUGAACCCAUUAAAUCUAGAAUUUGAAGUUUGGAGUUUUUAUGAACCAGUGUUCUUCAAAAGCUGUGGAGUCCAUCUGAUUUUCAAGAAUGAAAAGGAUGGGAAAGAUCAUCCAGGUUUUCUACAUUUAAUGGAUGGUAUUGGAGGUUUGAAGAGGAGGCGUGUCCAUGAUGACCGCUACUUGGAAUCCACUUCGUGCCCACAACUGAAUAGGGGUUCCUCAACCUUGGCCAUCAAUUUUGAAUUUCAAGGAUACUCUGAACAUUUUGGAAGAGGAACUUACAAAUAAUUUGCAUCUUGAAUUCUUAAUUGCGGAUCAGGUUUUCUUGUUUAGGAACUGAUCAUCGCAAUUUGGUGUUUUGGUGUGAAUGACAGACGACGUUCCAUGUGUGAAGGUGGGGGACAGAGCCCUUGAAUCUACAGCGGUGCCUUAGCAUUCCAACACAUUUUCCCUAUAGUUUGGUGUAGGCCAAGACAACCACUUGUUUGAGAUAUGAUCAUCAGGUCGAAUUAUUUGAGGAGAGUGUCUCCCUCUCUCUCUUUCUCUGUCUCUCCCUCCCUCCUAGGAGAACCUUUGGUCAGAGAAGCUGGGAUACAGAUUUAUAGAGUCGUCUAUUUCUGACACAGGUGAAGUACAAAAUGGGAAGAAUUUAAGGUUUCAGCUUGAACAUAAUUCCAAUUUCAGUGAAUUGAAUAUCUAAACCAAGCAAAAUCUAUUGGUUUGACUGUCUCCAGUAUAUGAAUCUUAUAUCCCUAUUAGACCGUC